CUUUCCAAAUAUCUUUGGUGAUCGAAAUCAACCACCACCAUUUUUUCUGCCGCCUCUCUCUUUUCCUUUUUCUGCUGUAUAUAUAUAUAUAGACGUAAUUAUAUACGAGCUUCUCAGUCCUCCCAAGAAAAUCCCAACCCCCAAUCUCUCUCUCUCUCUCUCUCUCCGUCCCAGCUCUCUUUUGAUCCAAUUAAAGGCCAUGGCUUCCAACCAAAGCAUUUCCAAAAACUAUAUGCUGCUGAGCCCAGAGAAAGCCACUUUGGUAGAUCUCAUUCGCCUCUUAGUUUACAGAGACAUAGAGAAGAGACCGUUCAUAGAGUGCCCUGAUGAACGCAGGGAGGAAAGCUUCCUGUACAGAUGGCUGAUCUUCGUAUCCGUCUUGCUUCAAAUGUUUCUGUACUCUGUGGCCAAACCCUUGGAACAAGUUGGAUCUGCGGUUGAGACGCUGCUCAACCUUCAAUCCACCAACUCCAACUUUCUAACAGUGCUCUUGGAUUUCUUUCAAGGAAAAAAGGUGAAGCGGGACGAGGAUUCGUUCUUAUCAGUGGUUGGCCAUGCAGACCCGCGAAAGCAGUUAGAUAAAGACAUCAAGCCCGGCGACAUCAGAUACCACGCUGCCCUGUCUAUGAUGGCCUCUAAAGCAUCCUAUGAGAACAAAGCUUACAUCCAAACAACGGUCAAAGAUCAAUGGAAGAUGGAGUUCUUGGGCUUCUUCGAUUUCUGGAAUGUUUAUCAAGAGAAAAACACAACGCAAGCGUUCAUGCUUCGCGACCAAGACCUGAUCGUCGUGGCCUUUAGGGGAACUGAACCCUUUGAUGCAUAUGCAUGGAGCACGGACAUUGAUCUUUCUUGGUACGAGCUGAGCAUAGGGAAGGUUCACAGUGGGUUCAUGAAGGCUCUGGGGCUUCAAAAGGACCCAGCUGACUGGCCUCGAGAACUCCCCGCCGACCCCCGUGACAAGCCAGUGGCUUACUAUGACCUCCGGGAACGCUUGAGGAAGAUGAUAAAAGCAAACGACCGGGCAAAAUUCAUCGUGACCGGCCACAGCUUGGGCGGAGCCCUGGCCAUCCUGUUCCCGACGAUUCUGGCAAUUCAUGGCGAGGAUUUGUUGUUGAAGAGACUGAGAGGGGUUUACACAUUUGGGCAGCCAAGAGUUGGGGAUAAGAGCCUUGGGGAGUUUGUGGAGGGUGAGUUUCGUAAGUAUGACAUUCCCUAUUACAGGUUUGUUUACAGCAAUGAUGUGGUGCCUAGGGUGCCUUUUGAAGGAGGGACCCUCAUGUUUAAGCAUUUUGGGACGUGUCUGUAUUAUAACAGCUUUUACCAAGGCAUGAUGAAAAAGGAAGAACCAAACAAGAACUAUUUCUCACUGCUAGAGUUGUUGCCAAAGAUCCUGAAUGCAGUUUGGGAGCUGAUAAGAAGUUUCAUCAUUCCAUAUAUUAAAGGGCAAGAGUACAAAGAAAGUGGUUUUCUAAAACUAAUCCGACUUGUAGGAUUGGUAUUCCCAGGUGGAGCGGCUCAUUCGCCACAGGAUUACGUUAAUGCCUCCCGCUUGGGCUCCCCAACUGUCUAUCCCAAGAUUUAAUCCAUAGUUGCUGAUAAGCUAUUAGUAUAUAGCUUAUCAAUUUGGAGUUAGAAAGUUUGAAGGUGAUGCUGCUGAGAACAUCUUUACUUUUUCCACAACAUUAAUACAUGUUUAAUAAGAAACUGAGGGACAGAACGCUGUCUUAUUAGGCUUCGUUUGGGAAUGCGGUUUGACCGCUUAUAAGCUAUUAGUAUAGCUUAUAAACUAUCUAGUUUAUUUUCUUAUAUAUUUGGUAUUACUAACAGCUUAAAAGCUGUACAGCUUAAACACUUCAUAAAAGCUCUCGCCCAGUAACUUUUGCAAAUAAGCUUCAUAGAGCUUUUUGAGUUGACUGACGGAAUGAUGAUUUUACGCAAGUUCAAUAUUCACACUUUCUAUCUCUGUA